AUGAUGGUCCCGAGAGCCUUUACGUUCACUUCGGCACCGCCACAGAAGCAAAUGCCGCUUUGCAUAAAAGAACAAACGCAGAACUUCGAGAGUCUGCUUGUUCUUUCUCCUCCUAGCCAUAUCAAAACCCAUGGACUGAAAAAUGCUGCCCCGGUGGUGAUUCCGCCAAAACGAGGCUCGCGCACUCCGGUGCGUCGAGAAACACGCUUGCGCACUCCAUCCAAACACUCCACAUCGUCUCGCCGUUCUUCCUGCUCCGAGUCGUCUAAUGAGCGUCCCGUCCGUCCAUCUGUUGCCUCGAUACUGGACGCUACCACAAUACCCCGGCGAAGUUGGUCCACUCGGACACCUCGUAAGCUUCCUCGAGGCAACUAUGUUGAGGAGUUCAGCCGAAUGAUGCAAGAAGGAAUUCGAUCCAAGGAGGAGUAUCUGAUGGAUGGUGCUGGCAACUCCCCUUUGGAUAUUCUCCUCAGCCCUCCAGAUGAGGAUCAUGGCAAGUACUCCAUGGGCAACGAAUCCGAACUGGAGACUCCCUUCUCAGCUCGGUCAAAUUCGAGUGACUCGAUGCCUUCUCUUUCACACGAUUUGAAUUCUCCUCCUAGUUUUCAGCUCCCGUCGACCCCCGGCAGCCAAAGAAGCCCUGCCGAGCGGCGCCAGCUCCGAUACUCGCCUUCCGAGGAUUGCGCCUAUGAUCACCCUCUUCUAGAGGCGGACAUCGAGGAAGGCGAGCUUCUCGAUCUACAAUGCUACGAGGAACCGGUGAUGCAGGAUGAUCCUACGAAGCAAGCUGCCUCAGUGCGAUCGUUCCCCCGCUUAAGAUCUUCCUUCAAAUCCAAUCUCACUGCAUCCCUGCGAGCCAUCAAGUCCGCGGCUCAGUCGGUUUCGACCUUCGCGACACCCUCUGUCCAGCCUGAAGAUUUCCUUACCCGGUCUUUGUUCACCAUCACCCCGGAGUUGACUGACGAUCGUCGACCCCCACCCAUGCAAACCCCACCUUCCCCAGCGCUUCGACGCUACCUCAACCCAACUCCCAUGUCUCCGGCGGAUAUGUGUGUUUACCACGAUCACCCUCACGAGACUGCCGAGUCUGCGCGAGCCUGCCCCGUCUCCAUUCAAAUGCAAACCUAUCGCCGCUCUCGUGGCCGUGGCCACCGACGCAACAACUUCCACGUUAUCAGUCCGAAAAAUCGUGACCACUAUUAUACGUCUGACCCGGAACUUCCACCAAUGUCACGCCAACGGGAACCUCGCGAAAACAGCGACUUCCUCCGUAUGGUCGUUCUCGAGAUGAACAUGCGACGCAGUGGCAAGCUCCGCGAAGACAUUCCCACACGGGCCCGCAUCAUGCUUGCACCACGCAAAAGCAACCCUUAUCGCGUGUCGGGUGACUACGAAGAUGGCGAUGACAACGAUACCGUGCCCUCCCGGUGGGUGGGCAUCUCGGCUUAG